AUGACCAGGACCUCACCUCGUCGAAUCCCCCGUAGACGAGAUUCUUCGAGACAAGCUGCAAUUACAUUUCUUUCUAACAUUAGCCUUGGAACUGAAGCAACUUACCCCCCUAGCACUGUACAGGCGUCGAGCCAUUCCGUUCCGAGCCCUUUUCAGUCAUCAGGCAAUCUGCUAAACACUGAUAAUUUUGGAAAGCCUCCACUUGUAACUGUCACUGAUCAUGAGGUUAUCAACGGAAAUGGCAGACCAGACUUGCAAAUUAAUACGAAAACUGCAAUAUCUUUCGAUAUGCUUCCUCAUAGGGCAGCAGGAAAUUAUAUUAUCUCUUCAAGCCCAAAAACGCCUAAUGAUGACUUAUUUGACCAGAAAACUUCCUCCAUAAAUACUGUUGAUUAUUUAGAAAAUUUAAAUCAACAAAAUAAAACUAGAAGAGGUAACAGUCGGCGCGAAGAGACUGCGACAAGCUUCUUGACAAAUAUAAGCCUCAAUUCUAAGCAUUCUCACUCUUCAAGUGAUAGCUUAACUAUUCCAAUCAAGGAAAAACAGGUAGUAUUAGAGGCUAAAGAUGGCUCUCUUAUUGAGACAAAUAUAGAAAAUCAGGAGAAUCACUGUUUGAUUCUUGAUGGUUCACCACAUGAUAGUUAUAAUUUGAGACGACGUAGAAGUUCAGCUUCCACAUUAAAAUCAGAAUCGAGCUCAUCUUCUGCCAAUUCUAUCACUUCACCUACUUCACCCGGCGAAUUAAUUUCAUCUCGCCGUAAAAUUUACCGUUGUCGUUCAUCUACAAAGCCAAAUAAUAAUGCAACCGUUGGCGUCAGUCGUAAGCAAUCUAACAGUUUAUUUACAGCUUCUUCAGCGCCUUUGGGUAUUCUUGCGAUGCUAGGAUAUAAUGAUAAGAAGUUAAAACAAAAACAUUUGCAUGAUAAUUCUAAACCAAAUACAGAUGUGGAAACCACUAAACGACCAAAGGCGGAAUCUUUUGCUCAUCUGCUAACUCCUAGUAGUGCAUUAGAACCUGUAUUGGAAGUUGUUGAAUACGAUCCAACGUAUUUAGAUAAUCCCGCAUUAAAAACUGAAAAAACACACAAUGAUACGCAGGGUCUAAUGAGUCAUGGUACUCGGCCGUCUGAUUUGAAACGCGAGUCAAAUGCUCUUUUUCGUCAAACUCAUCCGAAUGUUGAUCCAAGUUUAACACUAAGUCAAAUUCGCAAAGUAAAAACGGAAUUGUUAGCUGCUGCUCGACACGAGGACUUGGACUUGGAGCUUUCCACAGUUGCAAAGGCUUACGCAUAUUUUGAAAAAUUAAUAUUGAAAAAAGUAGUAAAGAAAUUCAACCGGAAAUUGAUUGGUGCAAUUUGUUUAUUACUUGCUAGUAAAGUAAAUGAGCCAAUGGGAAUGUCAUAUUCACCUUUAUUAGAGUCUUUGCAUAAACACUUGGACGUGACAACGAAAGAAAUCACUGAGCAAGAGUUUGCGGUUUUUGCUGCAUUGGACUUUGAACUUUAUUUGCCUACUUCUGAAUUUAUGCCUCAUUUUGAAAGAAUUUUCACAACUUUGGGCAAGUACUGUGAUAAAAAUAUGCAAGAUUACUUUGGAUCAAAUCCAUUCUAUGAAUUUAAAACUGUUAUAAUAUCUAAAACUGAAAGCAGUCCAAUUGAUAUUAAAUAG